AUGGGACACUCACGAGUUCAAGUCAAUAAGGCUCACAAAACUCGUUUCUCCUCUAAAUCGUCUCGCAAUCUCCACAGAACCUCCCAAGAUAGCGGCCGGAUUGGUAAAUCGGAUAGUAACCAUGUCAAAGGUGCUAAAGCUGCUCGUCUUCAGCGUGGCAAGAUGCUCAGAGAGCAGAAAAGAGCUGCGGUUUUGAAGGAGAAGAGAGCUUCAGGUGGAAUAAACAGUGCUCCUCGUGUUAUCGUCUUGUUUCCUCUAUCUGCUUCCGUGGAUUUGAAUUCACUUGGGGAAGAUGUUUUAAAGCUAUUAUCUACUACUGAUGGUGAUUCUGGAGUCACUUCUUCUACUUCUUCAACAGCUGCAUCUUCUGAGUAUAAGCUGAGAGCAACAGUGUUAAAGGCACCUCAUGGGGAUCUUCUGACAUGCAUGGAAAUGGCCAAGGUUGCUGAUUUGAUGGCGUUUGUUGCAUCUGGAAACUCUCUGUUGGAAGAGAAUACCUCUGACUUUAUAGAUUCAUUCGGAAGACAGUGUCUUUCUGUGCUUAGGUCAAUUGGUCUACCAAGUACCACUGUGUUGAUUCGUGAUCUACCCACUGAGAUGAAAAAGAAAAAUGAGCUGAAAAAGAUAUGUGCCUCUCAACUUGCUUCUGAGUUUCCUGAGGAUUGUAAGUUUUAUCCAGCAGAUACCAGAGAUGAGUUGCAUAAGUUUAUGUGGUUAUUCAAGGCACAAAGGCUUACUGUACCUCACUGGCGAAGUCAACGUCCAUAUAUUGUGGCUCAUAAGGUUGGGAUGCUGGUGGAUGAUGAAAGUUCAGGAAAAUGCACUUUGCUUCUCUCUGGUUACUUGCGUGCUCGCAAACUUUCUGUAAAUCAGCUGGUCCAUGUUUCCGGCGUUGGUGAUUUUCAGCUUUCAAAAGUUGAAGUCGUGAAGGACCCAUUUCCAUUGAAUGAAAGGAAAAAACAGAAUUCCAUGGAAUUAGAUGAUUUGCAUGAUGAGGAGGUAUUGAGGUCUUUGGAUCCUGAUCCCACAAAACAAGAGCCUUUAGUAGUUGAAAACACUCCAGAUCCUUUAGCAGGGGAACAGACAUGGCCAAAUGAGGAAGAAAUGGCGGAGGCUGAAAGAAAUCAGAAACAGGGAAAGCCAAAGAAGAGGGCUUUGCCACGAGGGACUUCAGAAUAUCAGGCUGCUUGGAUUGUGGAUGAAUCAGAUGAAGAAGGUUCGGAUAAUGGUGAUUCCGAUGACGAUGGUAUGGUAUUGGAUAGAGGAGAGGAUCAUUAUUCCAACCAAGACCAAGAUUUUGAGGAUGAUAGAGAAACAUUGAUCUUGCGGGAUAAUGAAACUCAUAAUGACUCUGAGAUGAUGGAUGAUGAAAACUUGACAAGGGAACAAUAUGAGGAUGAAAUGAAGAAAAUCAAAGAGGCGCAUGCUGAGGAUGAAGAAUUUCCUGAUGAAGUAGACACUCCCACUGAUCAGCCUGCAAGAAAGCGUUUUGCAAAGUACAGGGGUCUCAAAUCCUUCAGAACUUCCUCGUGGGAUCCAAACGAGUCUCUACCUCAGGACUAUGCCAGAAUUUUUGCUUUUGAUAAGGUCGCUAGGACUCAAAAGCUGGUGUUCAAGCAAGCCCAGAAGAUGGAAGAAGAGGACAGAGAUGAUUGCAUAGCAACUGGGUCAUAUGUACGUCUGCAUAUUAAGGAAGUGCCUCUUGUAGCUGCCUCCAAACUAUCCUCCCUUGUGAGCACGAAACCCAUUAUAGGAUUUGGUCUUUUACAGCACGAAUCCAAGAUGUCGGUUCUGCACUUUAGCGUAAAGAAGUAUGAUGGUUACGAAGCUCCUAUCAAAACAAAAGAAGAGCUUAUGUUCCAUGUUGGUUUCCGUCAAUUCGUUGCAAGGCCGGUGUUUUCAACCGACAAUUUCAGCUCAGACAAGCACAAGAUGGAGAGAUUUCUGCAUCCGGGGUGUUUCUCACUCGCUUCAGCAUACGGUCCAAUCUCAUUCCCAUCUCUUCCUUUGGUAGUUCUGAAGAUUUCUGAAGGGUCAGAUGCUCCUGCCGUUGCUGCUCUUGGUUCCUUGAAAAGCAUUGAGCCCAACAAAAUAAUUUUGAAGAAGAUAAUACUAACUGGGUAUCCACAGAAGGUAUCAAAAAUGAAAGCAUCAGUGAAAUAUAUGUUCCAUAACCCGGAAGACGUGAGAUGGUUUAAGCCUGUUGAAAUAUGGUCAAAAUGUGGGCGUCGCGGUCGCGUGAAGGAGCCAGUGGGUACACAUGGGGCAAUGAAAUGUAUAUUCAAUGGAGUGGUGAUGCAACAUGACAUUGUGUGCAUGAACUUGUACAAGAGAGCUUAUCCCAAAUGGCCCGAGCGUUUGUACCCUCAGCUUCUCUGA